GUUUUCUGCAUAUGCAAACAUUUUGAUUUGGCAAACAUACCAAGAAACAUACCUACCCAACAUACCCUCCCAGGCAUUCCCAGGCAUACCUACCCCUACCUGCCCCUACCCAUAUCAUUAAUAGCUAAAAAGGUUUCAAGUUGCAGUGAUAUAUAGUCUACACUCUAGUCACAUAAGUGUAUUUAGUAAGUAAUAAGUCUACCUACGUACUCAUACAGCAUUCCUAUUGCAAUUGAUUGAUUGUAAUAAAGAUUGAGUUUUAACUUCAACUUUUAAUGUUGGGCAUUAUGAAGAAGAUCAAGUCCGAGUGAUGUCGGCUCCCAGCACCGCCCAGGUGCUCCAGCUCUACCGGCACCUGCUGCGCUACGGCCAGACUCUGCAGCUCACCGACAGGCUCUACUUCUACCGACGCGUUCGGGGAGAGUUCGAAAGGUCGCGACUGGUUGAGGAGGAACAGCGCCGCCGGUUUCUCUUCGAGAAGGGGCGCGCCGUCCUGAGUCGGCGGCGUCUCGUCUGAGCGAUGCUGGGCGGUGUGCUACGGACGGCGGCCGUCCUGCUGCGGGCGACGCCACGCUGUCCGGCGGCGGCGGCGGCGCGGCUGGCCGGUACACAGGGUAUCGACUGGUCGCGGUUCCCGCAGCUGGAUGAGCGAGAGCUGGAGGAACGGUUCGUGCGCGGCGGCGGUCCCGGCGGCCAGAGCGUCAACAAGACGGCCAACUGCGUCUCGCUGAAACACGUACCCACCGGGUUGGUGGUCAAGUGCCACGAGUCCCGGUCUCUGGAGGUGAACCGGCGCCAGGCCAGACACCUGUUGGCGGAGCGGCUGGACCGUGCGCUGAACGGUGACGCGUCUGUGGCCGCCCAGCGGGAGCGGGAGGAGCAGCAGCGGAGGCAGCGUGGCGACUUGCAGCGUCGCCGGCGCCGAGACAGAAAGGAUCAGUGGCGCCGGCAGCGCAGCGCAGAGGCCAGCCCCGAGGGAGCGCACUCAGAUCGCACGGGAGUGGAUAAUACGUAGUGUUGAACUAUAGAGUCACAGAGUGAAAGACUGUUAAAAUGUUCGAGCUGGAAUGAAGGAGACUUGUUUGGUAAGCUCCAACCAUGAAGACACCAUAUUGUCAUGGUCAUGAACCGCAUCUCACAGUGAGGUGUAUGGUGCUUGUGAUAGAAACCAUUAUGCCAUUCUCGAAAGGGUUUUGAUACCGAAUGGAAUGUUCUUUCAGAGAGUAGUGGCACACACAUUUCAAACGUUUGAGAUCUAUAUUAUGUCGUCGCUUGUGAAUAAAUACUGAUGAAGCUCAA